AUGGCGUCUCUACGGAGGAAGAGGGUCUCCGUAGUCUCUCUUUCGGAGAGAAUGAAAGUUCCACCGAACAAACCAUCAGCAUGGUUUGGAUAUAGACAUGGUCAGGUGGGACUCAUGGGCUUAGGAUUCUUCUGUUGUUAUGCUAUCCGGGUAACGACGUCAGUAACCUUGGAGGCGAUGACCAAUGCAGCCAGUGCCAAUCCUAAUUUCGAGGAGUUCCACUGGGAGGAAUCGGUGAAGCACAUAAUCCUCAGCUCUUUCUUCUGGGGCUAUACCAUCACGCAAAUACCUGCCAGCAUUCUCACUCAGAGAUGGACUGCUCAGGGUUUGUUUUCGAUGACCCUAGUCAUCUCCGGAUUGCUGACUGUCGCCACUCCUAUGGCCGCUCAUUAUGGCGGCUGGCAGAUGGUGAUCGCCUGCAGGGUAAUGUGCGGUCUUGUCCAGGGUGCCGUUCUACCAUGUCUGCACACUUUGCUGUCUAGAUGGUCGCCGCCUGAAGAGCGUGGUAGACUCUCAACGUUCGUUUAUUCUGGCGGCUGGAUCGGCAACGUAAUAUGUUUAUUAAGUACCGGCUUCCUCGCGGCAUCGUCCAUCGGCUGGCCUAGCUGUUUUUAUAUUUGGGGAAGUCUUGGCGUUCUCAGCGGCAUCUGUUUCUAUCUGCUCGGGCAGGAUUCACCCUCCGAACAUCCCAGAAUAUCUCUCGAUGAAAAGGAAUACAUUGAGACGAGUCUGGGAAUAACCGAAAUCAACGAGAAACCCUCCACUCCGUGGAAGUCCAUAUUAGGGAGCUUGCCGGUCUGGGCAUUAUUGAUAGCACAAUGCGGACAAUCCUGGGGCUUCUGGAUGCUGCUGACGGAAAUCCCAUCCUACAUGAGUUCAAUUAUGCGUUUUGAUAUCAAGAAGAAUGGUAUGAUGACGGCGUUGCCCUACUUAUCGGCGUGGCUCAUCAGCUUUCCGAUCAGUCAUAUAUCCGAUCUGUGCAUCAGAAAAAGAAUCGUGACAACGAAGAUGUCCCGAAAAAUUUGCAAUACAAUUGGUCAUUGGGUGCCAGCAGCCGCGCUGAUCGGGUUGGGUUACGUAGGACAGGACCAGCCGGAAUUGGCUGUGGGUAUCCUCGUCAUCGCUGUGUCGUGCAACAUCGCUGCUUUUUGCGGCCAUAACAUUAAUCACAUGGACCUCAGUCCGAACUUCGCUGGCCCGCUCAUGGGAUUUACAAAUACUAUUGCAUCUGCCUGUGGCAUCCUCGCACCGCUGAUCGCCGGAGUGAUCAUCAAAGAUUCGACCAACAUAUUGCAAUGGCGAAGCGUAUUCUUUCUGUCGGCCGCAAUAUACACGGUAGGCAAUCUAAUCUUCAUCCUAUUCGGCACCAGCGAGGUGCAAAAGUGGAAUGACCCAAUUGAAAGCAAGGAUAGUGUUGUGCGAAAAGUAUCGACAGCGCCGGUGAUCAUCACGACAAUACAGGAAAAGGAAGACGAGAGAAUUCCAUGA